AUGGCCACUGGGGGGAAUGGUGAGGGGUUUAUUCCAGAUAUCCCCGGGCUUAAGAGCUUCCCUGGGGAAGUCAUCCACUCAUCAUACUACAAAUUAGGGAAGUUAUAUAUCAAUAAGAAGGUUCUUGUUAUUGGUAGUGGCAACUCUGGCAUGGAGAUUGCACUUGAUCUCUCAAAUUAUGGAGCCCAGACCUCCAUUGUUGUUCGAAGUCCGUUUCAUGUGAUGACAAAGGAGUGGAUAUGGUUAGGGAUGGUUCUUGUAAAAUACCUCCCUAUCAGAUUUGUUGAUAGCCUUCUUCUCAUGCUGAGCAAAUUCAAGUAUGGGGAUUUGUCCAAAUAUGGGAUUGUUAGGCCAAAAUUGGGCCCGCUUUCUCUUAAAGCCGCCACUGGUAUGUCUGCAGUUAUUGAUGUUGGCACCAUAAUAAAGACCAAGAGUGGAGAGAUUCAGGUUCUCAAAGAUCCAUUACACAUUAGACAAGAUGAGGUCACUUUUUCAGAUGGCAAGCUGUAUCAAUUUGAUGCUAUAAUUUUAGCAACAGGAUACAAGACUACCAUAAAAACUUGGUUGAAGGUGGUCGAUGAAAUGACCGAGGUACCCUCACUGGAUGAGGGCCUCAAUCUCAUUCUUGAGCUGCUUGCAGUCUUUGAUGUUGCGACUGAAGUCCUAGUGAAAUUUGCAGAAUUUGCCUUUAUCUCUUUGGCAGCUUCCUUUAUCUUUUGA